UGUGGGGGGACAAGCAUGGGGGACAAAGGGAACUGGGGUGGGGACACGCGUGGAAAGAUGGGAGCGGGAAAGAUGGAAUGAGAAGUGAGGUAUUGGUGAGAUGAGUGAGAAAAAAUUCAAGCAUGGUAAAAAAUUAGGUGCUCACACUGAUCCCGUGUAGUUAUGAAUUUAACUGUUCACUGCAUUUUGGACAGGAAACUGAUCAUCUAUCCUGAUGGAGAUGGAAGUGAAGAUGGACGUGAUCAUAUUUCUGUAUACUUGGCCAUAGCCGAGACAAACUCUUUACAGGCUGGUUGGGAGGUGAAUGCCACAUUUAGCUUCUUGAUAUUUGAUCAAAUUCAUGACAAGUAUCUUGUAAUGAGAGGAAUGGAGCAACGAUUCCACACUAUCAAGACUGAAUGGUGUUUCCCGAACUGUAUAUCUCAUGAAACAUUUAGAGAGCCCUCUAAGGGUUACCUUGUUAAUGGCAAAUGUGUCUUUGGAGUUGAUGUAUAUGUCAUCAAGAACCACGGAGUAGGUAAGUGCGUAUCCUUGUUGGAUCAGAGCAAAUCUCGUAAGCACAAAUGGAAGAUUUCAGAAUUCACAAAGGUGACGAAUACUGUGAGGUCUGAAGAACAGUUGGGGGUUACAAAUGGAAACUUUGUCUAUAUCCAACAGGUGGUGAUAAAAAAGGCGAGAACAUCUCCAUCUAUCUUGAAUCAGUUGAUGCUAAAGGAUUUGAUUUCCGCAAAAGAAUCCAGGCAAAAUGUAGUAUUUCUGUCAAAGAUCAGAUUACUGGUGCACAUCACAAGAUGACUUGUACGUUCUAUUGGUUUGCAGCUGCUGCUCGCGGUUGGGGAUGGCCGGCAUUUAUGCGGCUAAGUGUAUUGAAGGAUCCAAAGAAAGGCUUCCUUGUCAAAGACUGCUGCAUUGUGGAAGCAGAUGUUUCUGUACUUCAUGUUGUCAAUAGUUUAACUUAAUCCUUCGUUUAUGAUAUAACAACAAUUAGAGAUUUAGAGAACAGUUGAAAACUUACUAAAUAUAGAACAAUGUUAUU